GCAGAUCCUGUCUAGCCCAUACUACAAUGCCGAAGUUGACGACAACAGCUCUUCCGAAGUACGAGCAUACAGCGACCAAUGUCGCUCGCUUCCAGCACCAGGUAUGUCUCUCGCCUUACUCACAANUACGAGCAUACAGCGACCAAUGUCGCUCGCUUCCAGCACCAGGGAAGAGUACUGCCCCCUCCGAGGCCGAGCAGGCCCGGAUUGCCGCCCUUCUGAGAGAAAAGAGAGAAAAGAGGGAGCUCUUGAAGCAGGCAAAGCUAAAGGCCAUUGAGGAGGAAGAGGCGGCGAAGAAGAAAAGAUUGGAGGAGGAGAUGAUGAGAUUUCAAAAGGAGAAGUUAAUGUUGAUAGAGAGAGAGAAGGAAGAAAGGAGGAAGGCUGCAGAGGAAGAAGUAGCAAGAGAGGAGGAAGAAGAAAAAGAAGAACCCCUUGAGAGAAGACGCAGAGAGGAGAGAGGGGAAGUGAGUGGCACGAAGGAGGAUGAUAGAUGGAGGGAGAAGAAGAUAAGCGAAUGGGUGGCUGAUCUGUCUUUGGGAGAAGAUGAAGAGGCACAACUGUAUGUGCCGCAGAAGGAGAGGGAGGCAUUUGCCAGGGCACUGGAGAUGAUAGAAGACCCUGUGGAACGCCAGGAAACAGAAGAUGAAAAGAAGUUGGAAUGGAAGCUGAAAAUGAUGAGGGAGAAGAAGAGGAGUAGUGAGGAAGCCCGUAGAAUAGCUGGGGAGGUUGAGCGUGUACGAACCGGCAGGCAAGAAUUGCAGGCCCAAACAGAGGUCUCUGCCAAAUUGGAUAAGGUGAUGGGCUUUCUAGAAAUUCUGAGCGAGGCCUGGCUAGAAGAGCACCAGGCCCGUAAGGGCCAAGACGUGACUUUGCAAGCGAUGCGAUCUGGGUUUAGGGAGUUUGCGAGUGACGUGGUGGGCCACGUCGGGGCUGAGUUUAGAAGACUGAGAGAUGGCGUAGACAAGUUCUGCGUUGGCGCCAUCGAGACCGCCAAAGUUGUGGCCUCAACAGAGGCUAGGGCUCGACCCCGCAAAAAGCCAGUCAAGUUGAAGUUCCCUGACCCAUAUAGCGGGAAAAAGGAGGAGAAUUUCGAUAACCGGGAGGCCAGUACAAACACGUUCGUCGUAGUUUACUUAGACGACAUCCUAGUAUUCAGUAGGACCCUCCAGAAGCACCAGGGUCAUUUGAGGCAGGUCUUGGAGAAGCUAAGAGAAGCUAACUUCAAGAUCAAUGCAAAGAAGUGCGAGUGGGCCAAGACACAAGUCCUGUACUUGGGCCACGUAUUAGAUGAAGAUGGCAUCAAGCCAGAGGACAGCAAGAUCGUGGCAAUUAGAGACUGGCCGACGCCCCGCACAUUGACAGAGUUGCGGUCGUUUCUGGGCUUAGCUAAUUACUAUAGGAAGUUCGUGAGGAACUUCUCUACUAUCGCCGCCCCCUUGCGCAGGGUGCUCAAGAAAGAGACAAUCUGGCAGUGGGAUAAAGACUGUACGUAUGCGCUAAAGAAGCUAAAGCGCGCUUUAAUAGAGUACCCUGUUCUCAAGGUAGCAGAUCCGUCCUUGCCAUUUGUCGCCACCACGGACGCGAGUCGGUAUGGAAUAGGCGCCGUGUUGCAGCAGGACGACGGCAAUGGCUACAAACCCCGCAUCCCAAAGGCAUAUAUGUCUCUCUUGCCUCAGGGAAGUGGGGACGUGACAUUCCUUGGGCCUAAUCGAUAUCAGUGCAGACUUGGAUGGCUGUGGAGCCCAGACAAGCGUUGUGGGUUUAGCGCUGGAUGGAGGCACUUUGUCCGUGAUCACAACUUGCAAGAUGGGGAUUGGAUCGUGUUAGAGUUUCUCAAAGAAACUCUUGUAAGAGUGAAUAUCUUUCCCAUUGUCUGCUCCUCAGAACCAUGUGUCGAAGGUGUGCCAGUCAUGGACACGGGGCCAGCAGUCCCAAGAGGGUACAGGAGUAGGGAAACCGGAGACCUUUCCUUGAUUGUACGAGGUGAUCACGACGCAGCGGCAGAGGCAGUAGUGGCAAAUGAAUGCAAGGAGUUGGAGCCUUGGGGUGGUCGUGAUGCAUGCACUGGAUGGCAUAGUAACAACGCAUUGGAAGCUGGUCCAGGAUCGUCGGCACCUGGACAGUGUGGAGAAACGAAUGAAGAAGGGAAUGGGAAAGGAAGGGGGAAGAAACGUAAGAGGCAUCACAAGUUGAGGAUGUUCAGGUCAAAAAUUGGCAGCAAGAUGAAGAAAAGUGGCAUGGCGGAGGAUCUUGAUGAUUGCCUCCGUAAUCAGUAUUACAAUGGUGGUGGAACCAUUAGGAAUGGUGGGAGGGACCGUAACAGAGGUGAAGAUGGUGGAGAGGACUUCUCUCCAAACACCCAACAGCAACGGUAUGAUGACGAGGAAGGGGGGAAUCCCUGCUGUGAAGACGAGGCGGACGAGGAGCUGUCCCCAGGACGAGUCAACCUGGACAAUGGAAGGUCGAGUCGAGGCAAAUAUUCUAAUUUGACUAUUCACAGGUCUCAGAAUGAGCUGGUUCUGCGAAUAGUUGGCACCAAUUGCUUAACACCUCAAAGCUCAGAUCAGGCUGCAAAUGACUGCAUCGAUCGAGCCCAAACUGGGAAGAGGAAGCCACAGGCUUGCAUAUCUAAGGGGCCACAGACGGAAGAGAGGAUGGUAGAUCAUGAAAGAGCUUUCGAAAGGGCGUGGAGAGGGAGAGUCAGGGGUUUGCAGGAGAAGGGAAGACCGUUCGCUGAAGAGCAAGAGAGAAGUGUGGUUGAUCAGGUUCUGGUGCAAGCUCAGCUCGUUGAGAAUGAGUGGGUGUGGGACUCGAAGGAAAAUGGGCUUAGUUUGUGCCCCACAAGAGUGAAGACAGAGGAGGGGGAGGAUGGAGGACGACGACGUAGGACUGUUCCAGCUGGUUUUCGGGAUAUUGCAUCUGCACAUUUCAAUCCUUCCGCCGCAAAUGGCAGUAACAUAGUCACGGUAACAGGGAGAGCGGCAUGGGAGGGUGGUCAGAACAAGAAUGGCAAGAAGGACAAAAAGAGGAAGCGGAAGUGGCGAUUCUCAAGUCUGAAGACAAAGAGGCGGAGAAGCAUAUUGGAGAAAAUGGCCAAGGGUGCCAAUGCAGCAAGUUCUGGCGAUGGAGGACCACCAUUAGGUGGCCGAUGUGCUGAGGUACCUGAAACUGCUAGCGAGUAUGCUUCUGCAAGUGGCGAGAACACAAGAGGGGGAAAGAUUGGGGGCCAGAAGGCAGAGGGAAAAAGGCAGGAAAAGAGGAGGAGGAGAGGCGUGGAGGAGCGCUUGCCUACUGCUGCGAUGUCUGCAGACGAGCACACUGACAUGGGAACAGGCAUACCCUCACCUGCUAUGGUAGUGAAAGAGGAAAGGCAUGAGGGGACGCUUUGCAGAAGAAGGCAAGCAACUGUGGCCGGUUCAGAGUGGAAUGUCCGCCCGUCAAACGUCGAAAGAAGAGCAAGAAGGGACCCAGAGGAAAGGGAUGGGAGAUCCAGGGACCUAAGGAAGCAAGGCUAUGCUGAGGUAAGAGGUGGCGAGCAAGGAGCGAGGGAACAGAGGAAGCAAAACUAUUGCGAGGAGAACAGCAGGGUUGGGAAAAGCGAAGGGAGGCGGCCAUCCAUGGGAGCGGCAGUUGAGACCUGGGCCCAUGCCGAUUAUCAGGACGGUCGGAUCGGGGAUGGUCAAGGAGAGAACGAGGACGGUGAAUACUUCAGCGUGGACCGCAUGCUAAAUGUGAACUGGGGAGCUGGGAAGGUUCUUGUAACCCUCACUGGACUGUAUGUCACAGGAGAGGGCAGUAGGUACCAAUCAGGGGGUAUCUGGGUCCCAAAGGAGUGGCUUGCGACUGACUUUUCCAGGGUAUUUGUUCCUCACAACUGGCACCUGAAGUCGCAUGCAACUGCAAUAAGGGGGUGGUGAAUCCUCUCUCUUGCGCUCUCUUUUCCCCCCUCUUCUCUUGUUUCCUUCCCUGACAUGUGACACGUGCUAGGGUGAAAUCCUACAAGAAGUGGUGACGUUCCUUCUCUAUGUCGUGUACAUGUACGAGGAGAGGACUCCUGCACUGGCAGUACAGGAAGGAGGACUUCUUGCUGUUGUCUGUUGCGAUCUUUGGUGACCUUUCAGCAUAGGACUGUGACCCUUGGCUCAUUAUUAUAUGCUUAGUUGCUUUCUGUCUGGUAUCCGGAGGGGAUUCGAUGCUAGGUUGCUUUUCGUUUCUGCUCAUGCUGUUUAUGGACAGUUUAUCUUUUGCUCAUGCACGAGUGCCUUUUUCUGUGAGCCUUAGUGUGUGGUCAGGUAGGUCACUUGUGUGCGUGUGUGUGGCAUGUGUCCACAUGUGGCCUUGUUUGUCAUCUCCGCAUGAGUGUCUUUCGUUUCUUGUUCGUCACCUGCGAUGGUUGCAAAUCAAACAUAAGAGGCUGUGUCGAACAUGAGAAUCUCUGAAUCACAGUCUGCUUUGUGCAAGGGGGGAACCCAAGGAAGUAAUUCACUGUUAUUGUGAUAAUCAUCGGCCCACACUCUGCCUGCCUUUUGGCAUUCAACUGAAGGUUUGCCAUCUGUGAUAUGCAUGGUCCUUUUGGCAGCUGGAGGGCCACCAAGUUUUCUGUUCUUCAUUAUUUAUUUCACAAUGUGCAUUAUGUUCUUCAAUCGCCAUUCGCAGUUUGCCGA